CAUAUUUGGCUGGUAUAGAUGUGAAUCCAGUUGGUGCAACAAGAGAUAGAGCUUUUGGUAUUCUUAGAGGAUGUUUAUCUGGACUAGCAUUAGAUUGGUUCGAUCGAAAAAUUCUUGGUAAGCGAUGGGAGCUUCAUAAUAUUCUUGCAAAUCAUGGACAAGCCAAUAUAGCUGGUGUUCAAGGACCGUACUAUGGCACAGAUGAAUACUAG